AUGCAGGAUCCAAAGGCAACCCUGAACUCGCGGCGGAGCAGCCCGAACCUUAACAUCGUGCCCCCUGGCCACGGCGACUGGGAGCUGGUUGAACGCCCCGACCGGUCUCUAUCAAGCGACGACUCGGUCAUGUCUGGCAGAAUAGGCCGCCUCCGGCAGCGACAGGCCGCUUCUACACCCAUUACGCCCGCCGAUAGGACACUUCCGGGCAUGGCCGCACCUGGGAAUUUCUCGCCUUCGCAUCCAGGCGGCGGCACCGUCUUCCCGCCAUGGGACCGGGUAGUUGACAUGGUCUAUCAUACCUACAGGCACGAGGAUCAGCGCCGUCCGGGCCUGCGGCAGCCGCACGCUGAGUUUGAGCGGUGUCUGGCGCGGUUCUGGGCCGAUCACGCAAACACGGAAAACACCAAGCGACCAUCCCAGACCUCGGCUCUCUUCGCGCGCUUGCCUAUCGAUGUGCGCUUUCGCAUAUGGACACAUCUCGUGCACAUGGUCCGCCACGGAGAGCAGGGUGCCACGCGGGGCUCGAGCGACAAACCGGUCAGCCUCAACCAUCAUCCCAGCUUCAACAGCAACGUGUGGGACGCAACAUCAAUGAGCCGUCUCGCCACUAUUGUUCGGCCCUUGGAAUCGUGCCUGCGUACCGCCUUCUCACUCUACGCCGAGGUGCUCGUCACUGUGCUUACAACAAGCACCUUUCAUGCGGUCCUGUCGCCCUUUGUCGGUCCCCGACUUCACCCACUUGCGACCCUGUGGCUCAACAAAUAUGGCGCUUACAUGCGCAGCAUCAUCCUCGAGGUGGACAUGUCACACCUUGGGCUCGGCCCCGUAGGCGCCCAGCUGGGCCCCUGCCUAAAUGCCCUGGGCUCACUUCUUCACGACUUUGGCGUCGCGCAGAUGCAGCGCGAUGAAGGCCACCCCCUGGAAAGCUUGGUGCUGAUGUGCCGCCGCUUUUACGGCAAGAGACCAGGCGGCACGGGCCCGGCCACAGUGGCAAGCGAUGUCAGUCCUCCUGCUGCCGUUAGUGCGGAUGCAAAGCCAAGAGCGAGUAGCCUGAGCAGCCAUUCAUCGAGCAAGGCGACAUCACCAACAAAGGAGAGGCGCCGUCCGGCCAAGGUAGACGACCAUCAAAGCCAGCCGCACCAGGACGAUUCCGUCACGACCAUUGAUUGGCAUGCCGUUAACGCCACGAGGAAAGCCGGCCUGGCGAAGACGUCUCCGCAGGCAAUCAUCACCUCUAGUACCUCAAGCCAAGCAAAGGCCAGCACGAGCGCGGUGCCCAAAAUGGCCAACAGCCAGCCCGUGCCUCUUGCGCGCGGCAGCGCCCGCCAGUCGGAACCGCCACUGGACACAACAAGCUACUGUCCAGAUGCGUACCUCUCCGUGUGCAACCACCUAGCGCGCCUACGAGGGCGGCUCGAGUCCCUUCGCCUCGUCGGCUUCGGAGAGCAAUACUCACACCAACUCCUCGCCACCAUCUUCCCCGGAAUCCGUGAGACGCGCAUCCAUGAGCACUCGUACCGCAUCGCCCCCUCGACGGCCUGGCCCCUGCUCCCGGGUCAGGCCGCAUAUCUGGACGCCGGCCACGGGCGCGGCAUCGUCCUCGUCACUAAGGGUGGCGGUACGGGACCCCUGAACCUCAAGGUCAAGGGUCUUCCGCAGGGACCCGUGAUGCCGCCGCCACCGGUUGUCGUCCGCGCUGUGCCGUCGCUUCAUGCCCAUUCGGGGGGCGUGGAGAGCUUCGGCAAAAGCGAACGGCCCGCCAUGCCGACUCCUUCAGAGCCGGUGAUUGAAGAACAUCAAUCCGAGCCCAUGCGUGCAACUCCAUCAGGCACGGACACUCGAGAAGUCGCACCUCGCUGUGCCGCCACCGACGCGAUUUCAGACCACCUCACAACACCCAAGCCAAAGAACGAGAGAGAUACGCCUCGACCGUCAGGCAUCGUCGACACCACCGGAAAUACAGUCAAGCCGGAGCAGCACGUCGUCGUUGCGUCUCCUACCCACCGCGACAGCCCUCUGGUGGAGUCGCCGACGGCCUAUAAGACAGAGCCGCAGCUUAGCGUCCGAUCCUUGGCCCGCAAGGGCAGCGUUACGAGAAGUGUCACCGGCAGCGACACGUCGAGCCGCGGCACCGUGUCCCCCUCGACCGGAGGCAAGGGGUCCCGCCGAUCCCCCAAGUACAAGAACGAGGAUAGGAAGCGCGCCAAGAAGCGCGCCGAGUCAAGGAACGCCGAGUAG